AUGGAUGCGGCGGGGCGAGAUGCUACGCAGUGGCUGCCGGUCUCAAAGGGGCUGGAUGCGUUGAGAUCGCCGAGCUUGGAGUUCAUUGCCAUCGACACCGUUGUCACUGGAAGUCUUGCGAAAGACCAUGCCUGGCAGGAGGGGAGUACUGUGCGGACCAUCAGUGUAGAAGAGCCGGAUGUCUGCCUCAAUUACUGCGACGUCACAGCCGAUAGAAUCUGUUUCGAGCACUCGAGAGAAGACCAGAUCCGACGGAUCAAGCACUUGGAGGAAAGGCUGCGCGAGAGACAGCAUCAUCACGGUCAUCUUGGCCACCAUGAUCACCAUCCUCACUUUGACGACCUCCAAAUUCGCCACGACAAGCUUAUCAGAGACUACGAUGACUGCCUUAGUAGGUUGAACGAGAGCCGCGACGAGAUUCGCAUCCUACGUAGCACAUGGAUAUCGGCUGAUGACAAUCGCAUAUGGAGGCAAGAAAUCGAGGACCGCAACGCACGGUUGCUACUGGACUUGGAGCGAGAGCAGAAGAGAACGGAGCACUGGGAGCGUAAGGCGGUCGAGCUUGGCCGGAGAAUCGAUGACCUCGAGGUUCUAUUAGCAGAAGAGCGGCUAAGACACCCAAAGUCGGAUGAAUACGUACGACAAAUAUCAGACCUUGUUCGCAAGGUCGAGAUCCUCGAAGAAGAGCUUCGCAUUGAGCGCCAUAAUCACCACCUGCACGACGGACGACAGCACGAGAUUGAAAAACUGCUUCGCACCAUUGAAGAACUCGAACGGAAGCUCAAAGGAGACAAUAUUAAGGUGGACGAGCUCAUCAAAAAGGUUGAUUUGCUGCAGUCAAUCCUCGCUGGUGAGAAGGAAAAGAGGGAAAUUCUUCUCGAAGAAAUUGCUAAGCGAGACGAGUACGAAAGACAGCGGCGAGAAGAUCGUCGUCGACCUAGGAGAGGAAGUUGGGAAAGAAGGUCACGCGACUCGCGACCUUGGGGCAGCGUUUUUUGA